AUGAGUUACCCGACGGCUCCAGGGCAUGACGUGAACGCCGACGCUGUAGGGCAGAUGUAUCCUUUAGGCAACCAGUGCUACCAAGCAUCAGGUAUGCAGAGGCAAAUGACACCAUCAGUAUAUCGGGCCAUCCAGAAUGCCCUGCAGGCGGCCAUCCUCGAUGCACAGCAGCAACAGCAGCAGCGGUACGCUAUGGCAAAUCUUGGCUGUUACCCAAACGCGACGGCUGCCUUUUACCAGGCAUCCGUGCCACCUCAGCAGCAGCAGCAACAGCAGCACCAACAGCAGAAAGAACAGCAGCAGGAACCACAGCAAAAUCUCAUCCAGCAACAGCUUCAACAACAGCUUCAGCAGCAGCAACAUUUGCAAGAACGGCAACGGCUACAGCAGGUAGAACAACUGCACCUGCAGGUACAACAACUGCACCAGCAGGUACAACAACUGCACCAGCAGGUACAACAGCAACUGCAGCAGCGAGUACAGCAGCAACACCAACAGCAGCAGGAACAGCAGCAAAAUUUCAUUCAGCAACAGCUUCAACAACAGCUACAACAGCAGCAACAUUUGCAAGAACCGCAACGGCUACAGCAGGUACAACAACUGCACCAGCAGGUACAACAGCAACUGCAGCAGCGAGUACAGCAGCAAGUACAACAGCUUCAGCACCAGCAACCACAAGAGCAUUACGCGCGCCAGGCCCAGAUGUACCAGAACUACCCGACGCAGGCCUAUGCCAUGCCGUACACCACCCAGGCGUCAUACCAGCAGGCGCCAGACUUCCCGGCUUCCAGAAGCUACGGAGCAGCCCAGACGGGGUACCCGCUGAACGGACCGACGGGUUACUUGGCCAGCUGGCCAGGGGCGUCUACUAGUGGUGAUUGCAAGAGGAUGAGUUACCCGACGGCUCCAGGGCAUGAGGUGCACGCCGACGCCGUAGGGCGGAGCUCUCCUUUAGGCAACGAGGGCUACCAGGCAUCAGGCAUGCAGCGGCAGAUGCCACCAUCAGUAUAUAGGGCCAUCCAAAAUGCCCUGCAGGCUGCUAUCCUCGAUGCACAGCAGCAACAGCAGCAGCGGCACACUAUGGCAAAUAUGGGCUACUACCCAAACACGACGGCUGCCUCCUACCAGACGUCCGCGCUUCAACAACAGCUACGACAGCAGCAACAUUUCCAAGAACAGCAACGGCUACAGCAGGUACAACAGCAACUGCAGCAGCUUAUACAGCAGCAAGUACAACAACUUCAGCAGCAGCAACAACAGCACCAACAGCUGCAGCAACAGCAGCAGGAACAGCAGCAGGAACCGCAGCAAAAUCUCAUCCAGCAACAGCUUCAGCAACAGCUACAACAGCAGCAACGUUUGCAAGAAGAGCAACGACUACAGCAGGUACAACCACUGCACCAGCAGGUACAACAGCAACUGCAGCAGCGAGUACAGCAGCAAGUACAACAGCUUCAGCAGCAGCAACCGCAAGAGCAGUACGCGCGCCAGGCCCAGAUGUACCAGGACUACCCGACUCAGGCCUACGCCAUGCCGUACACCAGCCAGGCGUCAUACCAGCAGGCGCCGGACUUCCCGGCUUCCAGAAGCUACAGAGCAGCCCAGACGGGGUACCCGCUGAACGGACCGACGGGCUACUUGGCUAGCUGGCCAGGUGCGUCUACUAGUGCGGCGUUCACAGACAGACAGUCAAAAAGUCCGUGGGCCGCUUACCAGCAAGCGACCGGGUUGUGGGCACCUCGGCGUUUCUUACCGCAGAACGCCGACGUCGGUCGCCAAAAUUACUACUACA